AUGUUAUUUGAAAAAGAAAUUGCAAGUCAGUUUUCGAAAUUGACAGAUAUCCCAGAGGAACAAUUGCUACAAUGCAUUGAGACUCCAAAGAAUAAGGAUAUGGCAGAUUUGGCAUUGCCAGUGCCAAAGUUGAAUCGUUUCAAGAAGCUACCAGGUAAUCCAGCACAAUUGGCUACAGAGUAUGCCGCCAAGUUUGUGUUGAACGACCUGAUCAAGGAGGUCACCGUUGCCGGUACCUACAUCAACUUCAAGAUCAAUCGUACCAUCCUGACAGAGUCAAUCUUGAAGGAGGUCUUGGCUGCCGGUGACAAGUACGGUUGCACCAAGCAGGGUGAAGGCAAGACCAUAGUCAUCGAGUUUAGCUCGCCAAACAUCGCCAAGCCAUUCCACGCCGGACAUCUUCGUUCCACCAUCAUCGGUAACUUCUUGGUCAAUGUCUACCGUUCACUAGGUUACACCGUGCAAUCGAUCAACUACCUCGGUGACUGGGGUAAGCAAUACGGUCUCUUGGCUAUUGGUUACGACCGAUUCGGAUCGGAACAGGCGUUGUUGGAGGAUCCAAUCAAGCAUCUCUUUGAUGUCUACGUCAAGAUCAACAACACCGCCGAGACCGAGCCGGAAAUCCACGACCAAGCUCGUGCCUACUUCAAGGACAUGGAGGAUGGCAACGAGAAUGCUCUCAAGCUCUGGAGCAAGUUCCGUGAUCUCUCGAUCGAGAAAUACAAGGAGAUCUACGGUCGUUUGAAUGUACAGUUCGACGAGUACUCUGGUGAGAGCAAGAUGUGUGACGGUAUGGUCAGCGCCUACGAGAAGCUCGACAAACUCGGAUUGGUCGAGGAUUCAAAGGGUGCCAAGAUCAUCGAUCUCUCCACCGCAAAGCCAGACCUCGGUAAGGUCUUGGUCAAGAAAACCGAUGGAUCGUCACUCUACAUCACUCGUGACAUUGCCGCUGCCUCGAUCCGUAAGGAACAAUACAAUUUCGAAAAGAUGAUUUACGUUGUCGCUUCACAACAGGAACUGCAUUUCCGUCAACUCUUUAAGAUUCUCGAGCGUAUGCAAUACCCAUGGAGCAAAGAAUUGACUCAUAUCGGAUAUGGUUUAGUAAAGGGAAUGUCAACUCGUAAAGGAACCGUUGUUUUCUUGGAAGAGAUUUUGAAUGAAUCUAAAUCAAUUAUGUUGGAAACAAUGAAAAAGAAUGAACAAAAGUUUGCAGAGAUUGAGAAUCCAGAUGAAGUUGCAGAUAUCGUUGCAGUAUCAGCUGUAAUCAUUCAAGAUUUCUCAGCCAAGCGUAACAAGGAUUACGACUUUAAUUGGGAGCGUAUGUUGUCAUUCGAAGGUGACACUGGUCCCUAUUUGCAAUAUGCUCACGCUCGUCUCUGCUCGAUCGAGCGUAAGACUGGUGUCAGCUUGAAUCCAAGUGCCAAUCUCUCGCUCUUGGUCGAACCGAUCGCCUACAACUUGGCAACGAUCAUCCAACGUUACCCAGAGAUCGUUCAAAUCGCAUUCAACAACAACGAACCAAACACCAUUGUCACCUACCUCUUUGAGUUGUGUCACGAGAUUUCCGCUGCUCACAGCGCACUCAAGGUGAAGGGUUCCGAACAAUCGUUGGCCGAAGCCCGUUACGUACUCUUCUAUUGUGCUAAAUUGGUACUCUGCAAUGGUUUACGUCUUUUGGGUCUCCGUCCAUUGGAGCGUAUGUAA